GGCGGGGCCGUGACUUGUCCGGGAGGGUGGCGGGGAGGGACGCUCGGGGAAGAUGGCGACGGCGGGCGCCAACGGGCCCGGCUCGGCCACGGCCGCAGCUUCCAAUCCGCGCAAGUUUAGCGAAAAGAUCGCGCUGCAGAAACAGCGUCAGGCCGAGGAGACGGCGGCCUUCGAGGAGGUGAUGAUGGACAUCGGCUCUACCCGGUUACAGGCCCAGAAGCUGCGCCUGGCCUACACAAGGAGCUCCCACUACGGCGGUUCUCUGCCUAAUGUCAACCAGAUUGGCUGUGGGCUGGCUGAGUUCCAGAGCCCCCUCCACUCGCCUCUGGAUUCGUCUCGGGGCACUCGGCAUCACGGGCUGGUGGAACGAGUGCAGCGAGACCCCCGAAGAAUGGUGUCCCCGCUCCGCCGCUACCCCCGCCACGUCGACAGCUCUCCCUAUGGUCCUGCCUACUUGUCUCCUCCCCCGGAGUCUAGCUGGCGGAGGGCAGUACCCUGGGGCAGUUUCCCUGCGGAGAAGGGCCAGAUGUUUCGACUACCGUCUGUGCUGAACAGGACGAGUUCUGACUCUGCCCUUCACACCAGUGUGAUGAACCCCAGCCCUCAGGACACUUAUCCAAGCCCUGCCCCUCCCAGCAUCCUGCCCAGCCGCCGUGGAGGUUUUCUGGAUGGUGAAGUGGAUUCCAAAGUCCCUGCUAUUGAGGAGAACGUGCUGGAUGACAAGCAUUUGCUGAAGCCAUGGGAUGCUAAGAAGCUGUCCUCAUCCUCUUCCCGACCUCGGUCCUGUGAAGUCCCUGGAAUUAACAUUUUCCCAUCUCCCGACCAGCCUGCCAGCGUGCCUGUCCUCCCACCUGCCAUGAACACGGGCGGCUCCCUACCCGACCUCACCAACCUGCACUUCCCCCCGCCACUGCCCACUCCCCUGGACCCGGAGGAGAUGGUCUACCCCAGCCUGAGCGGGGGCAGCAGUACCUCCAAUCUGACCCACACCAUGACCCACCUCGGCAUCAGCGGGGGCCUGGGCCCUGGCGCGGGCUACGAUGCGCCGGGACUCCAGUCCCCUCUCAGCCACCCGUCCUUGCAGUCCUCCCUGAGCAAUCCCAACCUCCAGGCCUCCCUGAGCGGCCCCCAGCCCCAGCUCCAGGGCUCCCACAGCCACCCCUCCCUGCCGGCGUCCUCCCUGGCCCGUCAUGCACUGCCCGUCACCUCCCUGGGCCACCCCUCGCUCAGUGCCCCGGCCCUGUCCUCCUCCAAUUCCUCCUCCGCUUCAUCUCCCGCGCUGGGUGCCCCCACUUACCCACCUUCGACCCCCGGAACCUCCCCCCGCCACCGUCGUGUGCCCCUCAGCCCCCUGAGUUUGCCCGCGGGCCCAGCUGAAGCCAGAAGGUCCCAACAGCAGCUGCCCAAACAGUUUUCGCCAACAAUGUCACCCACCUUGUCCUCCAUCACUCAGGGUGUCCCCUUGGAUACCAGCAAACUGCCCACUGACCAGCGGCUGCCUCCGUAUCCAUACAGCCCCCCCAGUUUGCUUCUGCCCAGCCAGCCAGCCACCCCAAAGCCUCUGCAGCAGCCCGGGCUGACCUCCCGGGCCUGCUCCAUGCAGCCCUCUGGGGGACAGCCCCCGGGCCGGCCACUGCACUUUGGGUCACUGUACCCGCCCAGCUCCGGUGGGCAAGGGCAGCAGUCUUACCACCGGCCAGUGAGUGACUUCGGCGUGGGGAGUCUGGAGCAGUUCACCAUGGAGAGCCCGUCAGCCAGCCUGGCGCUGGAUCCCCCUGGCUUCUCUGAAGGACCUGGAUUUUUAGGGGGCGAGGGGUCAGUGAGUAGCCUCCAGGACCCCCAUGCCCUCAACCACCAGAACUUGACACACUGUUCCCGCCAUGCCUCAGGGCCCAACGUCCUCCUCCCAGGGGAGUCCUCCCCAGGUUUCUCCAAGGAGAUCGCGGCGGCCCUGGCCGGAGUGCCUGGCUUUGAGGUGUCAGCCGUGGGGCUGGGGCUGGGGCUAGAGGAGGACCUGCGCAUGGAACCGCUGGGCCUGGAAGGGCUCCACAUGCUGAGCGACCCCUGUGCGCUGCUGCCCGACCCUGCUGUGGAGGACUCAUUCCGCAGCGACCGGCUGCAGUGAGGGGCCUUGGCGGAGCCCCUCUUCGUGACCGUGCCCCAUCACUGUCCCUUUCCUCCCUUCCCCCUGGCCAGUAGAGACUCCACUCUUCCCCCAGAUCCUCUUUCUCACAUGAACGAGAGAUCCUAGGAAUGAGAAAAAGCGAGGGGUUUGUCCAGGUGGCCCCUGAAUUCUGCACAAGGGGCGGGCCUGGGGGAGCUGCAGGGAGGGCCUGAAGCACUUGUAACUUUGAACCUGAACCGUCUGUCUGGAGGUCAGAGCCUGUUGGAAGGCAGGGGGGGAAGGGGGGACCCUGAGGCGUUGGGGUGGGCAGUGCCGGCCCCUCCUCACAACUCUUCCCCCUUGCAGUGGAGGAGAGAGCCAGAGUGGAUAUUAUUUUUUAUUAAAUAUAUUAUAUG